AUGAAUCAACCCGAGGAGAAUCCCAAGCUCAGCACAGAGGAGUAUAUUGAGCUGAUGAAAGACCACGGCAUCUCGUUCGAAGGACGUAUCCAACCAGAAAAAUGGGGCGAGUAUACCGCGAUCUUCGAAGAAAUACGUCGCAUCGGCAAGAUGGGAUUCAAAGAAUUCACUGACAUGUUCCAUCCCGAGGAUAAAUUUGCAGUCGACAAAACGACAGACCAAUAUUCUCGGCUGUUUUACAGAGAACUUGAUAAACACGUUGACCACGAGGACAUGACAGAUUCCGUGAAGAGGAGGUUGAAAGGACAAAGACCGGAUAGGGUGAUCGGUCUUCGGCCGACUGGUACUUUGCGGCAUCAUCUCCGGUCUCUGCAGGCCAAGUACUGCCCGUUCAAAAAGGCCAACGUCGUCUUUCCAUUUAUUGUGAUCGAAGCAAAAACCGCCGAGAACACUGCCGCCAGUUUCCCAAGUAUGCUCCGACAGACGGCUUUCGUCAUUCGGACAUGUCUUCGCUUGCAGCAGAAUCUCCAACGAGAGACUAGGAUGCCACACCAGUGCCUAGUUUGGUCAUUCUUGAUCAUGGGGGAAGAGUGGCGCCUCUACGCUGCUGUUCCAGAUGGAUCUGAUGUGCAAAUCUUUGACCUUUGGCAUGGAACAGUUCUCUUCCCCGAAGGUGCCCUUCAACUGCUGCUGAUAAUUGAACAUCUCUGUGACUGGGCAUGUGAAGUUUAUCGGAUGAGUGUGCUUACGUGCUUGGCCGGUGGCAGGGAUAAUCUUCUCAGUUCCAGACUCAGCCCAAGUGGAACUGAUAUGUCCUCGCAGCCCGGUGAUACGGAGCUCACAGCAUCGCGGGCAAUAUCUCUCCCUUCGAGAUCGUCCCUGAUGAGGGAGCUCCCGAACGGUGACAUGGCCGGAUUACUGAAGGAUAAAUCCUCCGGUCCUCUAGAAUUCGGCCCUUUGGUUCAGAUUGACUCUAUUGCUUCGCCACAUGGACAAGAUUACCGUCACUGGCGGCGAUGGGCCACGAAUGAGCAAGAUCUCAGUCUCUGGACUGGAAAAGCUACCAUCCGGCACUCAAAUCAAGUGGAGCUGAGUUUUGUACAAGUGGCGAUGCCCACUGAAGUCCUCCUCCUCGAUGCCUGCUUGACCUCCUGCUUCCCAUAUCUAACGCCCAAGGAAGCUGCAAGAAAACUCUUGGUCUCCCUGCUGGAUGAUGAUUUGGCGGUGACGGCUUCCAUGGAAGCCACGUCCCGGCAAGGAUACCAAUUCCACAACUCCACUCUCGACGUCCGAGCUUUGAUAUAUUUUCGAUCAGCAUUGAACCCUGAAGACUGGGGAAUUGCCCGGCACGUUCUAGCCAUCUUGUGUGACCAGGAAGCAUUGAGAGCGCUAGCUGAGAUUGCAGAGCUCAAUCCUGACAUCUACCCAACCUCGGAGAGAUGUGAUCGCCCUGACUGUGAGCGGUUCAAACAGGCGAUCGACUGGGUAAAAGCUGUGGGGGGAACGAAGUCGGCAGGACUGGCCCUGGCACGGCGUCAGCUCUGUUUAAGAUCCGUCAGUAGUAAAGACGGGUCGUCUAUGAAGUUUGAGUGGACAAAAUUCUGUCCGCAGAGUGAUGAUGGGCUUUCAGGAGAAGAUCUUCUGGGGAUAAUGUCACAUAUCUCUGCGAGUCCAGAAGCGGCUGUACCAGCACUCCUGACACCAUACAUCAAGAAGAACCGGUGCACAUACGCCGUUCAAGUUAGCAGUGAUGAUCAAGGACCGCCGUCAACGGUGCUCGAGAUCCCCAACCUUCUAACAUCCGGUGCUCUCAUCAAGAAGCCGACAACUGGAUGGCCCGAGACAACGCAGGACUUCUGCUUCUUGGUCACGAAUGAGACCGUCCGCUUUGACGACGUGGCCCAGCUUGGGCAGCUUCUGGAAGAAUCCAGAAGAGCAAAGGAACUGUACGUGAUUGUCAGAAAGAAGGUCACGUACAACCAGAGAGACUUUGCGCUCAUCGAUUGGUGGAUCCGAGUUUUGAAGAACGAGUUGCCUUACGACGCACCUUUCCCCGCUUGA